AUGGGCAACAUCUACAAUGGUUCUACACUCACCCUUAUUGCAGCUGUAGGUGACAAUCCGCAUGCGGGACUGCGAGGAGUUAGUCACCGUCCUGAGAGUCCCAUAGAACCUUACGAAAUCAUCAAUCAUGGCAAGUUAUUGACGCUUUCUCUCUGCCUGCCAUCCUUAUGCGAGGAAGUCCGAAAGGGCAAGUGGUACACUCGUGUUUGGACAUACCAGGAGCAGUGCUUGUCGCAGCGCUGUUUGUACUUUACCUCGAAUGAACUUUUUUUCAAUCCCCCGAAAGCCAGUGGAGGGAGGGAUAUGACUAUAUGGAGCAACUGCCCAUCUCAAGACAUUCAAGUCCGCACCGGGCCUCCAUGGUGGAGUAAGAGACACAGAAAAGACCCCGAUCCUACUCCCUAUCGUUACCUAGGGGAAGUCAAAGGGCAGUUGCAAGCCGAAAGCUACAUAAUGACAGUCCAGGAAUACAGUCAGAGAAACUUAACACAUUCGAAUGACGUGCUUGAUGCCUUCGAAGGCAUUUUUCAUCGAUUCAACAGGCCAAAGAAUCUGUCUAACUUGAGCAUUCAUCAGACCCAAGGCAUUCCAGCCGAUGUUUUAUCUCAAGCUUUAUUGUGGUUUCCAUCGAAAACCUGUCAGAAACGUGUAAGAACCACUCAGGCUAGGAUGGCUGUAAAGCAUUUCUCGACAUGGUCAUGUUCUAUUCCCUUAUUAAUCGAUGUCACUGUAGGGCUUCGUGGAUUGGACCUAUCGAAUUUAUAUUUGCAGAGAGCCUUUGGCUAUCACGAAGCAUCUCUCAAGCCCCGCGCAAAGGUAUUCCGCUCCAUGUGUGUAUUCCUCAAUGGCAGGUUGGCAACUCGACAGAGAAAAUCUGGCCGAGUUCUGCGUGGAAGAGCGCGGGCAAGUACUAUCGCAGAAAUUUGA